CGAACUAGAACGCCGAGGGCAGAACAAUUGUGUUUUGGAUUCCUUGCCGUGCGGAUCGCAAGCGCGAGAGUUAUGAGAAGAGCGUAGCAAAACGUACGAAGUAGUAGCCAACGAAUAAAAAAAAAAAUACAAAAAGCAAGAAGAGUAAAAAAGGCCAGCCAAACAACAACCACAAACGUUAUUUUUUUAACUGUGUUUCUUACGCCCGAUUUAUAUACACUCUACCCAUAUAUAUAUUCCAAACGGAUUUUAAAAGUGCUUUUCGAUUCUAUAAUAUAAACUCCAAAAGUAUCUGUGUGUGCGCGCGUGUGCCAGAGUGUGUGUGACUCGCAGUCGACGUCGCUGCUUUGGGGACAGAGCUGCCAGAUCGCGAGUUAUGAAAGCGCAAGCGUCGCACGCAAGUAGCAACAACAGCUACAACAAAAGCACCUAAAACUAUUGCCCCGAAAAACACACUCACUUUUUUUGCUGCCCUCAAAAAAGAGGCAUAUAUACUUUACCAGAAGAUAUCCUAAAGAUCCCGACAAAAAGAACCCCAUUAAGCCCACAAAUCACCAUGGAUAGCAGCAGCGAACAGUUGAACGGCUCGGGAGCUUUGAAUUUCAAGCGGCCCAAGGAUUCUUCGGAGAAUUCUACAAACAGCAGCAAUGGCACCUCUUCGGGCAGCCCCAAAAUGGGCAGUCGCCGCAUCUUCACGCCCCAUUUCAAGUUGCAAGUUCUGGAAUCGUAUAGGAACGAUAAUGAUUGCAAGGGCAAUCAAAGGGCCACGGCUAGGAAAUAUAAUAUUCACCGCCGGCAAAUACAGAAAUGGUUGCAAUGCGAGUCAAAUUUGCGAUCCUCGGUGGCCAACAAUCAGCAGCAGCAACAGCAGCAACAACAGCAGCAACAGCAGCAGCAACAGCAACAACAGCAGCAGCAACAAUUACUCCCGCAGCAAUCGGUAUCGCCCACACCGGCGGUCAAGGUGUUCCACCAGCUGAGCCAUCCGUUGGUGCAUCAAUUGCAUCAUCAUCAUGCCGCUGCAGCCGCUGCGGCGGUGGGGCAUCAUCAUCAUCAUCAUGGGGCCCACCAUCAUGCCGCCCAUCAUCAUCAUGCAGCGGCAGCAGCGGCGGCAGCAGCAGCGGCAGCGGCAGCAGCAGCGGCCCACCAUCAUGCCGCCCAUCAUCUGUUGGCGGCCAAUGGCAUGGUGCCACACCCCCUGGCCGCCCAUCCGCACUUGCAUGUCCCGGUGGCAAUGCAUCCCCAACUGCAGCAGCACCAAAAGGAGCAACAGCAGCAGCAGCAGCAGCAACAGCAGCAGCACUUGCAACAGCAGGAGCAGCAGCAGCAGCAACAGGAGCAGCUGCAGCAGCAGCAACCAGAGCCAACAGCAACUAUUGCCUCAAAUGGCAGCAAUCAGGGAUCCUCGAGUGUUCUCUCGGCGGCCAAAAUAGCCGCUGUGGUUGCCGCCGCCAUGGCCACCAGCAAUGGCAAUCCCACACCAACAGCAAUCCCCGCCAGCAGCAGCAGCAGCAGCAACAACAACAGUUGCAGCAACAACAGCAGCAGCAGCAACAGCAACAGCAACUGCAACAGCAACCAAGUGCCAAUUCAAGUGCCAAUCCUGAGCGGAUCCCCCGUAUCUUCCUCAUCCGCCUCAGCCAGCCACAUUCCACACAUGCCCUAUGCCUACCAUCACCACCAUCAUCCGCACCAUCAUAACCAUGGCUAUCUGGAGAGUCGUCUGGAGGCGGUGGCCACCCCAGCACCCAUGGACCUCUCCCUCGGCUCCUCCGCCCGCCGUCAAAUGCAGCUGAGCGAGAAGGAUCCCUCUGGUGUGGAUCUCACCUUCCGCAAGCGCAAGGUCAUCAGCAAUCCCAUGCAGCCGGAUAAGAUGAGCAAGCUGGAGGAGGUGAUCAAGAAGGAGCCGGAAACGGAGGCGGAGGCGGAGAACGAGGAUGUGGAGGUGGAUGUGGAGACGGAGCAGCCCGAAGAGCACAAGCUGCCCUCCAAGCAGGUCAAGCUCUUCAAGCCCUAUUUGCUGGAUGAAGAUGAUGAGGAGGAGCGGGAGCAAGAGGAUCUUGAUGAGGGUGCUGGCGAGGAGGAGGAAGAGCAGGAUGACGAGGAUGAGUACCGCGAUGCGGAUGAUGAUGAGGUGGUGGCGAAAGAGGCGGCCGACAAGAAGCAGCGCCGCCACAAGAAGAAGCCAGCGGUGAUCAUCAGUGAGCAGCGGGAGCCCAUCAUCUGGAGCAAUCAUCCGUAUCCUGGUGGCUGUCUAUCGCCCGGCAGCUCCACUGCCAGCUUUCAGUGCCCCACAAGUGUGGUGCAACAGCAGCAGCAGCAACAGCAGACAUUUCCCGUCGGCGGGAGUCCUAAUCAGCAAUUUCAGGAUAGCAAAGCCGCCACGCCCCUCAGCCCCUUCUCGGCGCCCGCCCUCUCGCCCACCGGCUUCUGCUGCCCCAAGGGAUCGCCCGUUUCCGGCUACGAGAGCAGCUCCUCCACCUACAGCGACAGCGGCAGCAACUACAGCCUCAAUCUCCAGCUGCAUGCCGUCUACAACGACAAUCUGAUGUACUUGCAACAGCAGCAGCAGCAACAGCAGCAACAUCACCUGCAACAUCAGCAACACCUGCAACGCUGGCUGGAUCAGGAGUCCCUGACGAGGACCUCCUCGUCCGUCAGCCGACCCCUCAUCCUGGUGGCGGACCCAUCGCCCACAAACCUGACCCUGGUGGCCUAAGAACACACACACACACACACACAAUACACAAUAAACAAUAGCAACUAAGGAAGCAGCAAUCCCACCAAUCGGAUGUUAUAAUGGCAGUCACUGGGCCUGGCCUUUUAGUUCCCUAAGCCAUAUUUAAGCUUAUGAAUGGUUUUUUUUUCUAGCUAGCCUUACCACCUAAAAAAACACCUUACCUUAAACACACAAAAACAAAUUGUAUAUCUAAGCGCAAACAUAUAUCUUCCAAGCAUAUCAGCAAACAAAAAAAUGCCCCAACCCUAGGUUUAAUCUUCUUUUUUUUUUUUGGUUACCUACUAAGAACAAAUUAAGCUUAAGUUUAGAUUUUUUUAUUUUUUUUUUAUUUAGCUUGUGUAAAUAAUUGUGUACAAAAACUAAGAAAACAAAAGCGAAUCAUUUGAAUUUGCUUAAGAAUUUCAACGCUAAAUUUAUGGGGGGCGUAUAUAGGAGAGAAAAAAAUAUGUGAAAAAUGCAACUGGAAAAACUGAGAAAAUUGUUAAGAGUAAAGCUUUAAAUAUGAAACAAAACACACCUUUACAAUACACACACUUUUUAUUUGGAAAUUGAAAAUUGAAAAUUCUUGUGAUAUGAACAAACAACAAAACAAAAUUUUAAUAAAAUUGUUGAAAACUGAA